GAACGAGUUUGAAAAAAUCUGCAGACAGGAGGUGAAACCAGUAGGAGUAAAUAUAAUGAGAGAUGUGACCAUUUCGAAAUCAGAAUACGAUUCAAAAAAUGAAAAAAUGGUUUACAAGAUGCAGGAUUUCCAAGAAGAUAAGGAGCUCUUCAGAUACUGCACUCUCCCCGAGAUUCUGAAAUAUGUGGAGUGCUUCACUGGACCCAAUAUUCUGGCCAUGCAUACAAUGAUGAUAAACAAACCUCCCGAUUUUGGCAAGAAGACAACCCGUCAUCCCUUCCACCAGGACCUGCACUAUUUCCCCUUCAGGCCCAGCGAUCGCAUCGUUUGCGCCUGGACGGCGAUGGAGCACAUUGACCGCAACAACGGUUGUCUGUCCGUGCUCCCGGGCACCCACAAAGGGCCCCUGCAGCCCCACGAUUACCCGCAGUGGGAGGGGGGAGUUAACAUAAUGUUCCACGGGAUCCAGAACUUCAAGGACUACGAUGCCCGCGUGCACGUCGAGAUGGAGAAGGGGGACACCAUUUUCUUUCAUCCUUUGCUGAUCCAUGGGUCUGGUCAGAACAAAACUCAAGGAUUCCGGAAGGCAAUUUCCUGCCAUUUUUCCAGUGCGGAUGGCUACUACAUCGAUGUGAAGGGCACCACGCAAGAAAAUAUUGAGAAGGAACUUCAGGGGAUAGCAAGUCGAGCCUAUGGGCUCGAUGACAGCGUCACCAUGAAGGACCUUUGGAAGUUUCGGGCUCGACUGGUGAAAGGAGAAAGAACCAACCUUUGAAAUAGCCCUUUGCUACAACUCUUUUAAAAGAAACUAAAAUGAAACAGGGUCUUCAAAAUUUUCUACAAUUGUACUAAUUAGAAUAAAUCCUGGAAACACAGGAUUUGUAUAAUAAAUUCUAAUCAGGCAACA